AUGCGCAUAGCAGCCGAGACUUCCGAUCUGGAUGCUUGGCCCGAUCUCAACCACAAAACCAAAUCAAAGGCUCAACCACCUGUGAAAGACUGUACCCAGAGCUUGAUGACCCAAGUCUUUGCUCAACGUAGACACGUCGUCAUCGAACAAUGGAUUCUGACGAUUACUCGAACAAUCCUCACGUUCGGGUCUCCAUAUUGUGUCUUGCGCCUGAUUGCUCGUCUAGAGAGCAAUGAUCGGGAUCUUGCCUGGGUCUGGCUGUGUGGCAUCGCUCUAUCCGCGACUUCCGAGACCAUUGUACAUUACCGCCAGAAUUGGUUCCAAUGGUCGGAGCUCGAAACUCUUGAGGUCUGUGUCUGGAGUGUACUCCACGACAUCAAACUCCAGGCGAACGAAGAUCUAUGGAGGCAGCGCGUCAAGAAGUACAGGGAAAUAGAGCUCCGUGCUAAAAGGCAAGAUUUGGUCGCCCAGAACAUCAGCUUCGUGUGGAAAAUCGCAUCGCCUCUGCUAGUGUCGGAGAUUACAAUCUUUGUUCAUGCGUAUCUCGAAGGUCAGUUGAGGGCUUCGGUCAUCUUCACCAUACGUGAGCUCCUGCCCCAGCUCGAAGGCACUCUCGGUUUGGCACCUCUCGUGAUCCAGGAUUAUCUGAGUGCACAAGCCAGCUCUCGCCGUCUACAAUCUUUUCUGAGGAUUCCAGACAGAGACGAUUACAUACAGAAUAACUACUCGGGAAACAUUGUCCUCAGCAAUGCAUCGUUCACGUGGCCAGAUAGCGGCGACUCGUCUCUACUUGGAGGCCAAGACGCCAGCACAAGGUUCAACCUGGAACAUGUGAAUUGGCAAGAGUCUGAUGCUUGCUGCAAUUCUUGGGAAGCUAAAUUACUCGAUGGCAGUAUCGAGACGUCACGUGGUACCGCCGACAAUCCCAUUGCUCUCGUAACACAGACCCCCUGGCUCCAGAGUACAACUCUCAAGGACAAUAUGUUGCUUGGAGAGAUCUAUGACGCGUCACGAUACGAGCGUGUCAUAGAAGUGUGCGCCUUGAUACCGGACCUUGAGGCGCUCAAAGACGGUGAUCAAACGUCGAUUGGUGCUCAAGGUGUAAUGGCGAGCGGUGGACAACGGGCGAGAAUAGCGCUCGCAAGAGCACUGUAUUCCAGAGCGAGGAUCUUGUUGUUGGAUGACAUCCUGUCGGCUUUGGACACUCGCGUGGCGAGACACAUUGUCGACGCUCUCAAUGGUCCUCUCGGAGAUGGCAGAACACGAAUCUUGGUCACUCAUCAGCUUGAACUCUGCAUGUCAAAGGCGAGCUGUGUCGUUCAUAUUGCCCACGGUACGGCUCAAGCUGUGGCUCAAGACCCUAGAGAUGACAGACGGAAACCGAGCUUGGAUAUCCGCAGCACUGAUUGGAAACCCGUCGCCCAUCGUGCUGUCUCCGAUACGGGGAAGACCUUGGGCAGUUUUGUGCACGAAGAAGACCGACAGGUACCUGUGAGUUCAGCCGCAGAUUUAACACUCAAGUCUUCUCCUGCUCCAUGUCAAUCUUACAUCGAAGGGUUAGGUGGUUACAACUAUGUGUCGGUCUACAUCAUCGCGCUCGUCCUUAGACAAGUGCUGGUCAUGCUUCCAACAUGGACCUUGAAAAACGCAAAGAUGCUGGAUUCGCUAGCGAUCUCGCAGCCUCCAAUGCGGAUCGAGAUUCUCCAUCAUACCGGAUCAUUCGUGGCUAGCGCAGUACUUGCCGUGUCAGCGGAAUAUCUCUUCUACGCGCAUCAAGCUUCUGGGACCCUCAGGGCAUCAGAGGCAUUCUUCAACACCAUGCUUGACACCGUCGUUCAGAUGCCUCUCUCUUGGAUCGACAGUGUCUCCACCGGUGAACUUACACAAAGAUUCUGCACUGACUCACAAGCGAUGGACGACAGAUUGAUGCCUCUGGUGUCCGAGUUCCUGCAAUGUGGCAUGGAGAUUAUGACCACUAUUGUGAUUGGCCUCAAUCAGUCUUGGUACACCGGCUUCAUUGUGUUCGGAGGUCUGUGUGCCAGCUCUGGGGUGGGCAGACUCUAUAACAGAGCUCGAGUGACAGUGCAACGUGCCGACCGCCAGCCUACUAGUAGAUUGCUUGGCCUUGCCAUGACCACUACAACUGGACUUUCAACAAUCAGGGCUUUUGGUGCAACAUCAGCAUUUGAGGAGCAAAUGCACAGCUGCGUCGACGAUCUUUCGAAAGCCAGACGCCACUUCUGGAUAGCCAAUCGCUGGCUGGGCUUGCAGAUGUCUCUGAUCGGCAUCAUCUUCAGCUUCGGCACAGGUGUAGUGCUCCUACAUUCACGAUCUGCGGCCACUGACGCUUCUCUAUUUGGCUUCGCACUCUCGUUUUCCAUGCGCUUUUCCAGUGUGAUCUUCAAAGCAGUCGAUGGAUUUGGUGCGUUCGAAACGUCUGCGGUAGCGGCGAGCGCAAUCUCGGAAUUCAAAUACCUCAAGAGUGAAGCUCAAGAUGGUCUCCAGGUCACACAAGACUGGCCGCGCAAAGGCGGUGUUGAAGUCAAGAACCUCAGUGUGAGAUAUUCAGAUUCUUCUCGCUUGGUUCUAGACAACAUAAACUUCACGGUCGCUCCUGGUGAGCGUAUCGGGAUGGUAGGUCGCACAGGAGCCGGCAAAUCGACCCUCUUGUUGGCUCUCCUACGCAUGAUUGAGGCCGAAAAGGGGAGUGUGUACAUCAACGGCCUCGAUGUAUCAACAAUUAGACUGCGAGAUCUACGUCAAAGGAUAGGCUACAUUCCACAGAACCCAGCUCUGUUCUCUGGCACUGUCCGCACGAAUCUUGACCCAUUUGAUCAGUAUCCAGAUGCGAAAUUGGAAAAAGUCUUGCAACGAGUGGCACAUCGCCUGACGACUGUUGCAACAUUUGACAAGAUUAUCGUCAUGGACGAUGGAAAGAUCGUCGAGCAAGGGCCACCAAAAUAUCUACUUGCAAAGUCGGGCGCGUUUCACGGAUUAGUCAAGAGUAGUUAG